ACUCGCCAGGCUCGGAGCAGCGCGCACACGCAUUACGCACCACGUUAGCGCAUCUAGAGGCACUCCGGACGGUUCUGCGGGAUUGUUUUGGCGACGGAGAGGGACCUAUAUUCAUCCAGCGCUCCCAGUGUGUCGCUCACUACUACGACCACCACCAGCUGAAACGGGGAAUAUCUCGGGCCAUUCUCUCUCUCUGCUCCACCACCACCACCGCAACCACUACCACCCAUCGCCUCUCAUCGCUGCUAUCAUCUGCUGGAUUGGUACCUGAAUUGCUGGUGUACUAGAGACCCGGACUAACACGCGGAUUUGUAUUCUUCUGCUACUUGGCCUACAGUGGACACCGCAUCCAACAGCAGCAGAAGCAGUGGGUCGACACGGGUCGCCCCUUUUUCUCUCUGAGGAAUGUACCUAGUGAAGUGGGCGCACUGAAAGUGGCGAGCAACCACGCAACUCCAGCUCUUCUUGAACUAUACUCGCUGCGCGCCGUUUGGGUCUCCAAGCCGAGCGCGGAGCUCUCGUUCAGAGCGAGAGAGAGUCGGAUCUCUCGGGUGUAGUGUGUGGAGAUGCGCAGGGUUUGAUCGCGUUGCGUUCAUCCUUGUGGCUACCGGACCGGGAAUAUAAAAUAUAUUGUGGCGGCCCUUUAUUCCGAUUUUUUGGAGCGCCUGACGUUUGAGUUUUGGACAUAAUUCACUCAGAGACGGAUUGCAGAGCCACACGGAAAACAAAGAAAUCAUGGGGGACUCAAUGUGGAGAUAUUAUCUAGGAGUUUUGUUUCUCGCGUGCAAGGUGAACUUGUCCCGGGCGCUCAUUUUGGAGUCCAUCUACUGGAACACCACGAACACCAAAUUUGUGCCGGGCCAGGGCGUGGUGCUGUACCCACAGAUCGGCGACAAGCUGGACAUCGUGUGCCCGCGCGUGGACGGUGGCCCCAGUGACGGGGUGGAGUACUACAAGGUGUACAUGGUUCCCCGGGAGCAGCUGGAGAGCUGCACCAUCACCAAGGCCGACACGCCACUGCUAAACUGCGUCAAGCCUGACCAGGACGUCAAGUUCACCCUCAAGUUCCAGGAGUUCAGCCCCAACCUCUGGGGCCUGGAGUUCUUCCGUGGCAAGGACUACUACAUCAUCUCUACGUCCAACACCACCAUGGACGGCAUCGAUAACCAGGAGGGGGGAGUGUGCAAGACCAAGUCUAUGAAGAUAGUCAUGAAAGUGGGGCAACAACCCUCAGAUACUCUCUCGCCCAAAGGCACCCCAACCAGGCUGCCCUACCCCCCGAAGAACCCCGACAUCAAUGAACCCUACAGACCAAAUAACGAAGUGCUGGAAAAGCCAGGUGUGGCUCCCCGGGAGGGCGGCGGCGGGAACGUCGGCGGCGGCAGCGGCGGCGGAAGCGGCGACAGCAAGACGUCCAGCGUGAUCGGCUCCGAGUUGGCACUGUUCGCCGGCAUCGCCUCGGGCGGCGUGAUCUUCAUCAUCAUCAUCAUCAUGCUGGUGCUGCUGCUGCUCAAGUACCGGCGGCGGCAUCGCAAGCACUCACCGCAGCACGCGGCCACGCUCUCGCUCAGCACGCUGGCCACGCCAAAGAGGGGCGGCGGCAACAACAACGGCUCGGAGCCCAGCGACAUCAUCAUCCCGCUCAGGACUGCCGACAGCGUGUUCUGCCCGCACUACGAGAAGGUGAGCGGGGACUAUGGCCACCCCGUCUACAUCGUCCAGGAGAUGCCUCCCCAGAGCCCCGCCAACAUUUACUACAAAGUUUGAGCUUUAACGGCGGUUAAAGAGACACCCUUUGGAGAAACUUUCCCUGGCAGAGUUAUGGAGUGGUUACGGGAGAAGGGAGGGGGUGGGGGAUUAGUUUGUCGUUGUGGUUCUUGUUUGGAGGUGAGUGGGGAGUGGGAGUGGUCUGCCAUGGCCAGGCCAGGACACCUGUUAAAGGAUCACGCUCUCUCUCUCUCUCUCUCUCUCUCUCUCUCUCUCUCUCUCCCUCUCUCUCUCUCUCUCUCUCUCUCUCUCUGUCUCUCUAGUCCUCUCUCCCUCUCAAGCCCUCUCUCUGUCUCUCUCGCUCUGUCCCGCCCUCUCAAUCUCUCCGCCAACCCCUCCUGUUGUCUGACAACGUUUGUUUUUCACUAUGGACUCGCUUUUUGCUGCCUGUUGAUUUUCCUCUCCCCCCUCCAAUUGUGAGAAAUUCUGCAAUGGCUCGGGUUGGACCUUGGUAUUAGAAAAAUGGUGCUGUGGAUGGAUGGAGAAGGACGGAGGAUGGAGAAGGAAGCUGCUUUCUGGAGUUUGAUUGCUCUACAAAAUGGAAUGGAAUGCCCAAGCAGACGGACAUACAGAUGCAUCCGCAUGUGUGCGUUUUAUCUUUUGUUGUAUUAUUUUGAGAUGAGCUGGACCUACGGAUGCAUGGAUGUAAACGUGGGGGAGAAGAGAUGGAAGACGAGGCCUAGGCUUCUGGCCUCCUCGGCGUGUCUGGGCCUUGAACCCUGAGGGAAACGUCCACUUGAAUAACUAAAUUAAAGAGACUCAAACAGAGAGAGACAGACGGAACCGAAAGAGGUCAAAGAGAAGACAGGGGCCGAGCAUGAACUCAUGGCACAAAAUGGCCGCCUAGCACCUCUAUUCCCCCACGUUCCCACGUCCACCCCUAUUGCCGUUACAAGCCAGAAAGACUCUGUGGAUUAACCGGAAGGAAGUAGAAAGCUGGGAGCAGUGAUCGGAACGAUCCUCUCUGGAACUUUCCUGACCGACUCGCAGAGGUCACCCUUUGCCCUCUUUCAUCCACCCUGCUCCCCGUCCCCAACAGACACAUUGACACACUCAUACCCAUCACACAGAGGACACGCCUGCUGUUUCUGUCAUUGUGAACUGUUCUAUUGUGUUCUAUCAUGGACAACAAUCAUCCUUCCCAGUCCAUCCCCCCUCCCAACUGCAUUUAACAUUUGACGGACAACAUGCUUUUGUUUCAGAUGUUACUUGAAGGUUUUCAUCGAGUGGAAAUAUUGUUUUUUUGUAAAGUCAACAUUAACUGUUCUUAUUUUUGGCCAUAUCUGCUUUUAAUUCCCUGGUAUAGUAAAAGUGGAGAUAGUAUUUCUUUUCCUUCAGUGGUAUGGUAUUAUUGGAACUCAUAUUGUAUGUGUCGGUGUCAUUGACAAAAAAAAAAAUUACCCAAAUAUUAAGGCCGAUGUGCCCGGAGUAUCGAUAGUGCGGGAAGGGGAGCGGAGGAAUGGCGAUCUUUAUUUUUCGCCGUCUCACCAGGGAGACAGGCCGUGCGCUACGUCAUCCUUCUGCGGACUCAGGUCUGGGAACCAGGUCGCUUCUGGGAAGGGUGGAGGUCUUUCUUAUUAUCUAAUAGAGCAGCACUUUUAACUUUUUUGUACCUCCACCCUGACAUCGGUCCACAGAGAGAUGUAGAGCGAAUAAAAGAGAGAGAGAAUAGGUAUAGAGAUAAGAGAGACUCUGUUUUCCCGACAGUUAAGAGGCGAAACGUAAUUAGUGCGAGGGCUAGCUUGAGCUAUUUAGAAAACUGUUCUUUCGGGGAAGCAUUAGGGCAAUACGUAAUCCACCUUGCCUUAAUGCCAUUAAAGCAUCGAGAGAAGAAGAACUAGAAGGAAACGCCAGUGGGACAAGCCGAGGCUUGCGGAGCCGCUGGCUGAACAAGCUCUAGGUACUGUAAUGUCUGCACCUCCAGGGGUGCGGGGGCAUUAAGGGUGCCUCCAGGCCCGGUGCUCUCCUAUUCAUGUUCAACUAAAAAAAGAAGCACAGGGACAUCUAGUUACAUUGUCACUGUUUCUCAAUCUUCAUUAGCAUUUCCAUAUUGUCCGUUUUUUUAUUUUAUUUACUUUAUUAUUAUUAUUAUUGUUUGAUUUUUCUUUCUUCUUUUUUUUUUUUUAAAAAAAGAUGUACAUUUAAAAUACAACAUUGAAAUCAUGAAAAGGUGGAGAGAGAAAAAAAACAAGGAAAGCAGAAUUUAUUUAUGAUUGACACAUAGAGCACAUGUGUUGUCAGGCAGAAGGUAGGGGAAGAAGUCAGAAGAAUUAAUGUUAAUAUAUUAUGGUAUAAGUGCACAUUAUGCAAGCUAGGUUUCUGAUUAUUCGAUAUCUCUCGCCCCAACGAGUCCCAUAUUUUUCUCAAAGUUGAAUCCCGGCCGGGACUAGAGUCCUGGGAACUGGGCACAUGGAAGAGCAUCCUCGGGGGGGCAUUCUCCCCAAAGAGGGAGUAGAGUUAUCAGACCCAAAAAUAGCUCACAAGGGGGGAGGGGGGGCACAAAAGGUCAGGAGUAGCCUGUCUCCCACACUCACCCACUGUAGCAUCUCCCAAAAGGAUGACUCCCAAACCCACACGCCCUUGAUCCUCCUCAGCACCACCUACACCCCCACCACCAUCCUCCAUGUUUUUUUCUCUGUGCGUACCCACGCGUGUGUAUGUGCCGUGCGAGUGCAUAUGUGUGUGUACUGUGUGUCCUUUUUGUUUUUUUAAGCGGUAGUCAGCUAUUUUCAGUUCAUUCAUAUUUGUUGCUGACUUUGGCCUGGGAACAUUUGUGACUCGACCAAGGCCAAGCCAUCAAGCAUAGAUCUGGUCAUGACAUACACAUUCUCAUUUGCCCAUUUGAAACAAAAAAAACAUCAAAUUUCACCGAAAAGCCAAGCCUUGUAUGGUCUGAAGUUUGUGCCUCUAAGAGGCCACAAAAUCUGCAAAUAUGCAAUUUUUAUUUAUUUUUUUAAUCAGUCCUGAGGAAAAAAACAAACACCUAUGGAAAGUGUUCUUAACCACUGAAAGAUGUAACAACAAAAUGACACAAAACUAGCAAAGAACGUCACACGAGCCUGCUGUUAGGGUUUUCUUUCUUUUUGUUUGUAGUAUUACUUUAACCAUUUCUUUUCUGACUAUGUGCCGUAGUACAAAGGUAAACUGUGAAAAAUAAAAACAUAUAAAGAUGUAUCACACCUGGACAGAUGUUUAAAGAAAAAGGUGAACAAAUAUAUAUACAGUACAAACCACAAACGAAAUGGCUGUUUAGUUGCUGUCUGACUGCGGCAGAAAAUGACAAUCUUAUUAGUUUCUUUGAAUCUGGGGUACUUUUCCUAGUUGAUAUUCUGCUGGCACUCCUCCGAUAUUUACCGGGCGGGAAAUAUCUCAGCCAUUUAUGAAAUGACAAAAUCAUGUUGGAGGAGUAUCGGUUACCAGGCUAGGAGAAGUACCUCAGGCUAAUGUAAAAUGCCUUGCUCGUAUGGUCAACCCUUGGUCACCUGACUCAGUAAUUUUGCACCGUACUUCUGUAGGUAAGAAUCUGUAAAUACAUUAAUGUUUGUAUUGUAUAUGGAUCCUGGGUUGUUACAAUAGCCUUAUUCACCUUUUUAGGAAAUUAAAUGAAAAAGAAAAACGCAGAAAAAAUGGAACACACUUCAGUAAAACAGAGCAUACUACUUUUUUGGUAAAUAGCUUGUGUAAAUAUUGACCAGAACCCAAUAAAACCAUUUUUUUAUAAACUCUUAAAGUAAGAUGUUUUGUAUAAAAUUUGAAUUUUUUGCUAUGUAUUUUAGCUAGCGCUCGUUGAAAAGCCUGUGUCCUCCCACUCCCUCCCCUUUUGCACUGUUUCCAUGGUAAUUUGGUUUUUAAAAAAUGAGAGGAAAGUUGCCAAACCGACUGCUGCAUAUUUGUGCCAUAAGUGUGUACCAUAAAUAUUUAUUGAAUUCGUUUUUUUUUGUUUUUUUUUAAUGAUUUGAACUUUGUCCAGUUUGUGAGUAACACAGUAUUAUGAUUGCGUUGUUUGUUUGUCAACCCCUAGUUUUCUUUUGUUCGUCAUGGUAACCGGGUGGCCGUAGCCCCUCCCCCGACCCCUUGCAGUAUAAGAUGGCCGACCGUGAAAAAGUGGUUUCAACAUUCAAAAAAUUAAAAGAAAAUGAAAAGUGAGGAAAAUGACACACAUUCCACCAGUCUGUUACGAACUGAAAAUGUUUUUCAAUAAAAUGUUUUUCCUAUGGA